GAGCCAUAAAACAGGGGCGAAAAGAGCGCCAGUUGGCCCCGCCCGCGCGCCAGUUGGCCCCCGCCCGCGCGCCAGUUGGCCCCCGCCCGCGCGCCAGUUGGCCCGCGCUGCGCCGCGCGCCAGUUGGCCCCCGCCCGCGCCAGUUGGCCCCGCCCGCGCGCCAGUUGGCCCCGCCGCGCGCCAGUUGGCCCGCCCGCGCGCCAGUUGGCCCCGCCCGCGCGCCAGUUGGCCCCCGCCCCGCGCGCCAGUUGGCCCCCGCCCAGCGCGCCAGUUGGCCCCCGCCCGCGCGCCAGUUGGCCCCGCCCGCGCCAGUUGGCUGCGCGCCAGUUGGCCCCGCCAGCGCGCCAGUUGGCCCCGCCCCGCGCGCAGUUGGCCCCGCCAGCGCGCCAGUUGGCCCCGCCCGCGCGCCAGUUGGCCCCGCCCGCGCCAGUUGGCCCGCCCGCGCAGUUGGCCCCACCCAGCGCACCAGUUGGCCUUCUCCGCACCGGUUGGCCCCCACCCGGCACCAGUUGGCCCCCGCGCGCGAGCAGCCCCGCCCGCGCCAGUUGGCCCCGCGCGCCAGUUGGCCCCGCCGCGCGCCAGUUGGCCCCGCAGCGCCAGUUGCCCCGCGCGCCAGUUGGCCGCCCGCGCGCCAGUUGGCUUCUCCGCCCGCGCGCCAGUUGGCCCCGCCAAGCGCGCCAGUUGGCCCCCGCCCGGCGCGCCAGUUGGCCCCCGCCAAGCGCGCCAGUUAUUGCCCGCGCGCCAGUUGGCCCCCGCCCGCGCCAGUUGGCCCCCGCCCGCGCGCCAGUUGGCCCCACCAGCGCACCAGUUGGCCCUUCUCCGCGCCAGUUAGCCCCCACCGGCACACCAGUUGGCCCCGCGCUCGUGGCCCGCUGCGCAGUUGGCCCCGCCCCGCGCCAGUUGGCCCCGCCCGCGCCGGUGCUUCCCCGCCCGCGCGCCAGUUGGCCCCCGCCCGCGCGCCAGUUGGCCCCCGCCCGCGCGCCAGUUGGCCCCCCGCCCGCGCAGUUGGCCCCGCCCCGCGCGCCAGUUGGCCCCGCCCGCCGCCAGUUAGCCCCGCGCGCCAGUUGGCCCCCGCCCGCGCCAGUUAG